GCGGGACUUCCUGUCGGGAUAUUUCUCCUCUCUCUCCGGAAGAACCGAGCCCCGGAUCCCGCCUGUAUCCUAACGAAUCUGACGCCUUCCAACUCAAGAAAAUGGCUGAUCCUUGGCAGGAAUGCAUGGACUAUGCAGUCACCCUGGCAAGACAAGCUGGAGAGGUGGUUCGUGAAGCUCUAAAAAAUGAAAUGAAUGUUAUGAUUAAAAGUUCUCCAGCAGAUUUGGUAACUGCUACUGACCAAAAAGUUGAAAAAAUGCUUAUCUCUUCCAUAAAGAAAAAAUAUCCAUCUCACAGUUUCAUCGGGGAAGAAUCUGUGGCAGCUGGGGAAAAAAGUCUCUUAACUGACAACCCUACAUGGAUCAUUGACCCUAUUGAUGGGACAACUAACUUUGUACAUAGAUUUCCUUUUGUAGCUGUUUCGAUCGGCUUUGUUGUAAAUAAAAAGAUGGAAUUUGGAGUUGUAUAUAGUUGUGUGGAAGACAAGAUGUAUACUGGCCGGAAAGGGAAAGGUGCCUUUUGCAAUGGUCAGAAACUACAGGUUUCACAACAAGAAGAUAUUACAAAAUCGCUCCUUGUGACAGAGUUCGGCUCUUCCAGAACACCAGAAACUAUAAAAAUUGUUCUUUCUAAUAUGGAAAAACUUCUUUGCAUUCCCAUUCAUGGGAUCCGAGGUGUUGGAACAGCAGCUGUUAAUAUGUGCCUGGUGGCAACUGGAGCUGCAGAUGCCUACUAUGAAAUGGGAAUUCACUGCUGGGACAUGGCAGGAGCUGGCAUUAUUGUUACCGAAGCUGGCGGGGUGCUCAUGGAUGUAACAGGUGGACCAUUUGAUUUGAUGUCACGAAGAAUAAUUGCUGCCAAUAGUAAAACAAUAGCAGAAAGAAUAGCCAAAGAAAUUCAGAUAAUACCUUUACAAAGAGAUGAUGACGAUUAACUGUCACGACCACACACAUGACCAUAGUUGCUUCUCUCCAGAUUUGCUGACAUACUUGAUAGUGUCACAAAAUUUAGACAUUUGUUCAGAUGUAUGUGAUUGGUUUAAAUUGUCUUCAAUUGUUUAGCUUAAAAAAUUGCAACUUCUAAAUUUUAUUGAGACUUGGUAUGUAAGAAUAGAUGAAAUGUUUGUAUCAUUGUUUAAAAAUAAUGCAUGUAAAAGUGUACUUGGGGAAAAUACACAGGCAGUUCUGAGAUAGGUAUUACAUCAACUGAAAUAAUUAGCAGUUUAGAGUUUCUAAGUACAUAUGAAGCUCUGAAAUUGUGACUAUUUGUGUAUAUAAGCAUUUUAAGUGAGAAAGCUAACUUUUUGAGAGAAAAAAAAAUUCUAUUUCCAAAAGCCAUAUUCAAUUAAGUUUGUAGGAAUAAAAUAAGUACUUCCUAAGCCAAGGGUUCUUUCUUUGUAGAGAACCAUAUUUUGUUUAUCUGUUUACAGGUUGCACACAACCUAUCAAAUGUCAGACAUUUCAAAAAUAAGCAUUAGAAGGAAUAUUUUAAAGAUGGCAAUUCCCAGUUAUAAUAAAUACAUUAAGUAAUGGAUUCAUCAUUCUGUAUUUUUACUUUGAGUUUUAAAAAUUAUAGUUAUCCUUUUUCUGUUUCACAUUGCCAUGUCAUUUCAAUUACCAUACUGUCAGAUUUUUCUUAUUUUCUGCAGUUAAUAUAUUUUCUAAAACACUGUAUUACAGUAUUUGUUUGAGUUUUUUUAAAGUUUCCAUGUAAACGAGAAGGAAAAUUGAAACGAGCACUUUCAUCAGAUAUCUGAUAUAAUUAGAUCCAGUGUAACAUUUUACUAUGCUCAGUAUUCAUAUUUUAAAGAUGUUUCUACUGAUCUAAUUAUAUAUAUAUUUACAGAUCCUGGCAAAUAUACUGUACCAUUAAUGUUGAGCUUUCAUUUCUUCCUAAACUCUAUUUAACUUCACUGUCACUUUAAAUGUUCUUUGAUAGCCAUUGACUUAUUAAACUCAAGAAAAAUUGUUCUGGUUCAUAUAUAUAGACAUUUUUAAAAGAUUAAUUUAUUGCUUAGCCUUGUCCCAUGCCAUGUGAACAGACUGUCAAGUUUUGUUAAUAGUUUCAUGAGAGUGUUGUAUUUGAUACAGUGAAAAUGCUUCUACAAAAUUUUUGAGGGAGGUUAUUUUAUUGUUAAAUCUAACAUAUAUAAUAUUCAAGAUACUUGAUUAUUAUAGAUACUGAAUUGCACUGUUAGACACAUGCAGUAAAAAAUGUCUCAUACAAUUUCUUCUGGUAUUUGCCUCCAUCUUUUAAAAGAAUAAAUCUAUUCUGCUACAUCUUUAUUUAUUGAUUUAACUCAUUAUUUCUUGUUAUUAACUUGUUUUAUGGAAGAUGAUUUUUAUACCCUUAACUCACUUCAUGAGUUGCUUUUACUUUCCAUUGUAAUGCAGCUACCAGUUUUUUUUGUAAAUUUAUAUUCAUAGUUUAACUUAUGACUUUGAUAUACUAGUUAGCUAAUUAGUAGUGUAUUACAUUUUCUUUUCCUGUAGCUUU